CGUGAAGCUAACGGCUAACGGCAUGUCUACGACCUCUAAAGUGGUUCUGGGAGUUUCUGUAGUUCUGACUCUGAGCACCGUGGCUGCUGUUCACCUUAACCAGUCCUGGGACAGACAGCGUCUGCACGAGGGUGUAGUCCGGGAUCUGGAGCGGCUGGAGAGGAAGAAGGAGAACUUGAGACUGCUGGAGGAGCAGAGGACACUGACCGCACAGCUGGAGGCAGAGAGACAGCGCAGACAGACAGGCUGAGACAGGUGUGUCCGUGAUGGACAGCAGCGGCGAUCAGCUGGCGGGAGGCGAGGACGAGGCGGCCGGCACGUCGGCGUCCGAGGGUCUGGAGGAGGGCGAGGUGGAGGGGGAGACCCUCCUCAUCGUGGAGUCGGAGGAUCAGGGCUCGGUGGAUCUGUCCCACGACCAGAGCGGGGACUCUCUGACCAGCGACCUGGGCGAGGAGGCCGACGGGGGCUGGGCCUGCGAGGACAUGUCCUUCUACUGCGACCGCUGCCACAAGUGGGUCCCUGCAG